CAACGUUAGCAUAAAUGUGUUUGAGUCCUCUCAGCUGCAGCCAGCAGAUAUGUUUUACCGGUAAAACAUGGAGGUGACAGCCGCCCGCCGGUCGUUUCUGUGUGAUAUCGGUUUCUGGGCGGAUCGCACCGCCCUGCAUGAAGCGGCGUCCCACGGCAGAGCCCUGCAGCUCAAACAGCUGAUCGAAAGUGGAGCAUCGGUCAACAUGGUGACGGUGGACAACAUCACUCCGCUCCAUGAAGCGUGCAUACAGGCUCAUCCAAACUGUGCCCGGCUGCUGCUGGAGGCUGGAGCCCAGGUUGGAUGUCGGACCAUCCACGGCAGCACUCCUCUGUGUCACGCCUGUGCUUCUGGCAGCCUGGAGUGUGCAACGCUGCUUUUGGAGUACGGAGCCAAAGUGAACCCGUCCCUCACAGCUCUCACCGCCUCGCCGCUCCACGAGGCCUGUAUACGAGGUAGUGUUGAUGUGGUGAAGCUGAUGAUCGCCAGCGGUGCCCAGCUGGAGGCUAAUGAUGUCCACUUUGGUCCCCCGCUCCACAUCGCCUGUGCUAAAGGACACAUAGACUGUGUCAAGGAGCUGCUCAGUGCAGGUGCCAACGUGAACUCAGUCCGCUUCCAUGAGAUAGCUCUGCACCACGCAGCCCGAGUCCACAUGGUGGACAUGAUCGAGCUGCUGCUGGAGUUUGGAGCCAACGUGUACGCCAGCGACAACCUGGGAAAAAAGCCCGUAGACUACACGUCCCCUGCGUCCCCCGCUCACACCUGCCUCUUGUUUUAUGAAAGUAAUCCUCUGAGCCUGCAGCAGCUUUGCAGAAUCACUGUGAGGAGGAUGCUGGGUACCAGAGCCUCAGAGGUCAUAGGUCAGCUGGACGUAUCCCACCGCAUCCACAGCUACCUGCAGUACUGCGAUCAUCCUGCAUCGCUAAAGAGUGACACAUGAAGGGAUUUCUAAGCCCCUGUGAGAGACUGCUGUUUGAAUUUUAGAGUUAUCAUCUCCAAAAAGAAGCAUCACGAACAACAUCUGCUUAGAAGUCAAAAUAAUUGAGGUUAUCCACCAUUUUUAAGCAUUUGAACCCUGAGAAAAUUGGUUAUAUUUUUUUGAAACAUUGGGGAAAAAGGCAAUGA